AUGUCGUCUGGUAACGAAGACACGACUUCAAGCUCAGAGUCUGAGCAAUCAGAUUCCGCAAACGACACACUGGAUUUCAUAGAGAAGCUCUCAGAUGUGCCCAUGGGGAAGCUACCUCCACACAUCGAUUUCCAGAGGACACGUGUCGAUUGCAAGGCUGACGCUCCCAUUCACACUGAUACAUUUCAGUACUCCGGUGCUUAUGCAUCGAUGGGAGUCGAUAAUAGCUUGUUGGAUAGCUUCUCGAGCAAGUUUAGAGUUGAGGUUAUUCGUCUCGAAAAGGAUGAAAUGGAGUUUGAUAUGAUUGGGAUUGAUCCGGCUAUUGCCAAUGCGUUCAGGAGGAUCCUCAUAGCUGAGGUUCCCACGAUGGCUAUUGAAAGAGUUCUUAUUGCAAACAAUACAUCAGUAAUCCAAGAUGAAGUCCUUUCCCACAGAUUGGGUCUCAUUCCAAUCAAGGCUGACCCAAGAUUGUUUGAAUUUACAGAAAAUAAUACGGCAAAUGAAAAGAACACCAUUGUUUUUGGGCUCAAAGUGAGGUGUGAAAAGCAAGGCAAACGAAAGGGACCAAAACGGGAGGGGCAAGAACAAGAUGGACAAACACGUAUCACAGUCAAGUCAAAAGAUUUGGUUUGGUUGCCAAAUGGGAGUAACUUUACCUUGGAAUCAGACGGUUCAACCUACACAUCAUUUAGUUGCAGCCAGGAUUCCAUGCCAGAAUUUGCCACCAAUCCAGUUGGUCCAACGGAUGGAGAUAUUACAAUUGCUCGACUGGGCCCAGGCCAGGAAAUUGAACUGGAAGCACUUGCUGUUAAGGGAAUUGGCAAAACACAUGCAAAAUGGUCCCCGGUUGCCCCUGCUUGGUACAGAAUGCUUCCUGAGGUUAUAGUUCUGAAAGAUAUUGAGGAUGAGAUGGCUGAGAAACUUGUGGCAACAUGCCCAGUCAAGGUGUUUGAUAUCGAAGACAUUGGCAAUGGUAAAAAAAAGGCUACUGUAGCUAGAGCACGAAAAUGCACACUGUGUAGGGAGUGCAUCAGAGAAGGGAAGGGAUGGGAUGAUUCUUUGUCAUUACGACGUGUCAAAGAUCAUUUCAUUUGUAAACUAUUGAGGAGUUAUGUAGGGGGAUCUGAGGAAAGUGUCAAUGUAGUAUAAUUUGUUUCUAUGCCUGUUUUCUGAGUUGUAACUCUCAUUUUUCACUCACAGUUACCAUUGAAUCAACUGGGGUAUUACCACCAGAAGUGCUAUUUACCGAGGCUGUGAAGAUACUUCAAGACAAGUGUGAACGUGCGAUUAAUGAUAUUUGUUGAUGAUGCCUGUAUUUCUUGUGUAGACAGAAA